AUGGCUCGCCCCUCCGUGGUCCAAGAGUACGCGCCGCCCUCCGCGCCCACCCUCACCAUCGACCAAAAGUCCACGGCCGAGCACCAAAACUACCGAGUCGCCCGCCCACAAGGCUACCGCGUAUCAUGGCACGCCAAUCCAGCCGUCGAGGCACACCACUUCGGCCAAUCCCACCCGAUGAAGCCAUGGCGCCUCACCCUCACCAAACAACUAGUCAUGGCCUACGGCAUGCACCACGCAAUGGACUUGUACCUCGCGCGCGCAGCAACCUAUGAAGAAAUGGCCGACUUCCACGAAGCAGACUACCUCGACUUCCUGCGACAAGUAAUGCCAGGCGACAUCGACCGGCCCGAACAAAGCGACAACGUAAUCCGCUUCAACUUCGGCGACGACUGCCCGAUCUUCGACGGCCUAUACAACUACUGCUCCCUCUACGCAGGCGGCACAGUCGACGCCGCCCGCAAACUAUGCAACAACCAAUCCGAAAUCGCAAUCAACUGGUCCGGCGGCCUUCACCACGCCAAAAAAGCAGAAGCAUCGGGCUUCUGCUACGUAAACGACAUCGUCCUGGGAAUCCUCCAACUCCUCCGCCACCACCCGCGCGUCAUGUACAUCGACAUUGACGUCCACCACGGCGACGGCGUCGAGCAAGCCUUCUGGUCAACCGACCGCGUGCUCACAGUCUCCUUCCACAAAUACGACAAAGACAACUUCUUCCCGGGCACUGGCGCCCUAGACGAUACAGGGCCCUCCCACCCCCUCAACCCAGGCGCCCACCAUUCAAUCAACGUCCCCCUCAACGACGGCAUUGACGACGACUCCUACAUCCAGCUCUACCACGAAGUCAUCGGCGCCUGCAUCGCUACCUACCGUCCCGGCGCGAUCGUCCUCCAAUGCGGCGCUGAUAGUCUAGGCUGUGACAGACUCGGCUGUUUCAACCUGAACGUGCGCGCGCACGGCGCCUGCGUCGCGUUCACGAAGACGUUCGGGUUACCGCUUCUCGUCGUUGGAGGCGGCGGCUACACACCGCGCAAUGUAUCGCGAGCGUGGGCACAUGAGACAUCGAUCCUGCUUGAGGCUGACAAGAUACUGGACCCGACGAUCCCGGAUUCGGUUGCGUUCCGGAAUCACUUUGGUCCUGAUUUCUCGCUUUUCCCGCCCCUGUCGGAACUGAGGAAACUUGAGAAUAAGAAUCCCCGUCCUUAUCUUGCUGGGCUUGUUGAGGCUGUUCAUGAGCAGUUGCGGUAUAUCCAGGGCGCGCCGAGUGUGCAGAUGAGUUUUAUUCCGCCUGAUAUUUUGGGUCUCAGGGAGGAUACGGAGAAGGAGAUUGAAGAGCAGAUGUUGCUUGCUGAGGAGGAGAGGGAGGAGUUUGAUGGAGGUGGGUCUGUUGCUACUGCUUCGGCUGCGGUUGCUGGCUCUGGCACUGCUUAUACUGGUUCUGCCGGGGCUAUUCCGCGUCCUAAUCGGCGUAGGGAGCUUGAGCGUGGGGCUGGGUAUAAGGGGGAGCUGUAUUCUUGA